GCCUGCCUUCUAUCUAGCUGUCCGUCCGUCCGUCCGUCCGCCUGCCUGCCUUCUAUCUAUCUAUCUAUCUAUCUAUCUGUCCGUCUGUCUGCCCUCUGACAAAGAGUGUAACACCCUGGUCAUCAUUAACUACCCUUUUAAAGUGCAUGGCUUAUCACACCCUCAUGUGUUCCCAUAAAGCCCAGGUGAUAAACCACCCUACAUACAGGGCUCAGAUGGGCAGGUUAAAGGAAGGGAAGGUGACUCUGGAUUCUUGAUAAGAAAACCGGAACAACAGCCAGACACAGGGAUGGCUGGGAAGCCAUUCCGAGCCACGUAUAUCUGGACUAACAUCAUCAACAACCUUCAGACUCAGGUGGAGGUGAAGAGGAGACGCCACAAUCUGAAAAUUUACCAUGACUGCUUUCUGGGGUCUGAAGCCGUGGAUGUGGUUCUGGCUCACAUCAUUCAGAGCAAAGUCUGUGGGGAUGCCGAAGUGCCUCGUUCCAAAGCGGUUCGCCUCUGCCAGGCCCUCAUGGAGGCCAGGGUCUUUGAGGCGGUGGACACUAAGGUGUUUGGGAAAGAAAAGAGGCAAGCGAAGUUUGAGGACAGCAGCUGUAGUCUGUACAGGUUUCUAAACAGGCCGACUCCCAGCACAUCGAGCUCAGAGACCAUUGAGAGUGGAUACAACUCUCUCAGCAACCAGAGGAACACUUACAGCCCACCAUACAAAAGGAAAGAGGAUUCUGUGAAUUCAAACAACUCGCCUGUCAAAACGGAAAAAUCUCUGGAGGAUGUUUUAGGAAAUCUGAACAUGAACACAACCAUCACACCACAGAUGAUGAAUCUGGGGUUAUCACAGGAGUUGAUGGAUGAGAUAUGGCGGCAGGAGACGGUACUAAGGCUCCUGCAGUUGAUUGAACUGCCGCUUCUGGAGAGCCUGUUGGAGGGCCAAGAGAGCCCUCGUCCGCCCCUUCACAGCAUGGACAGCGACCCAGACCUGCUCUACACCAGCAGCUACCUGGACCGUGAGAUCCUGAAGGCCUUCAGCGAAGCUCAAGCAGAUAGCUGGUUGUCAGCAGCUGUGGACUGUCUGGAGUUUCUUCCGGAUCAGUUGGUGGUGGAUGUGAGCCGAGGGCUGGCCAAGUGUGCAGAGGAGACGUCCCAGUACAAGCAGCUCCUCUACGGAGUCCUUGUUCAGCACUACGGCCAGUCUGAAUACCCACCGCUGCUCAGCAACCACGUCUUUGACAUCCACUCAGGCGUCUCCGAGCUGCUUGUGAACGGGAAGCAGGAGCAGGCGCUGGAGUCUCUUCAGUUGUGUCUGAAGCUGCAGGAUUCACGCAGUAGAGAGGAGCUCCGCAGGUUACUGCGCUUUAUGGCCCUCGCCGCCGGCCCUCAGGAGAUCAAACUGCACAAAGAGAUAGAGAACAGAAUGGCAGUAAAGAGGGCGUUCUCCAGUGCCAUUGUGUAUGGAACUAAACUAGCCAAGGGGAAGGUUGAUCUUCUGGUACUUUUCAUGAUGGACAACCACCACGACCUCUUCAAGAUUCCCGUCACAUUGCACAACCUUGUAAGUGAUAAAUUGGCCAGUAUCAUCAAAGGAACAGAUCCUGAUCUCAUCACAGGAACAACAUACUGUCGCCGUCUCACCAGAAAAGAUUACAUGGAAACAGUUCAGAAAACUACCAGAGAAGAGCUUUGGACAUUACUAAAAACUAUUCACGAGAACACUAAACUCUCUUUGAAGGAGAAGCGCCGUCUGCUCGGACAGUUCUACAGAGGCCAUCCUGAAAUAUUCGUGCAAUAUUUUGGCAACAGAAUUUCCAAUGUUUAUAUUUAAUAGGAUCUUUAAUUGAUAUUCCAAAUAUUGUAUAAUAUGUAAAGAGUAUUUUGUAUGUUGUAAAUAUGUAUAUAUUAUAGACAAAACUGAAUACUACUACUUUUAUGUCUGUAUUGAUGAGAGAAUGACAUUUGUUGGACAAUCACAUUUUCCUUUUCUUCAUCAAAAUUAUUACUUAAUAUUAUCACUUAUUACCCUAAAACUACCUGUCAUCAGACGACAAAUCAGACAAACAGACAAAGUAAAAUGUUUUUAAUAGAAAAAAUAGGCUACAGAAGUGUCCUAUCUUUUUGUCAACUCUGUUAAUAUAUGAAAACGAAAUCAGGCAAAAUCAAAGACAGCCUUCAUCCUGAAGGUCCUCUUUCUGUAUUUCACCUGCUCCGAGUUCAUCAAGCUCACAGGCUCUGGUGAGAUUUACCAUUUCUAAAAUAAUUUUAAGAAAUUGUGCUUAUAUUUUCAUAACCAUGAUAUGCUGACUCCGUCAUACAAAUUGUUUCGAAAUUGUUUGACAUUUCCAUUUAAAGUCGCCAUAAAACAGAAGUUGUGAUAGUCUUUUCUUCCCUAUUGUGAUGUAUAUCCAAGUGAAACAGCUUCUCAAACAAGAAACAAUGUAGGGCGGGGCUUGAUUUUGUCCAUGGGGAAUAGACUGAACGGUUGUCGUUUGCUAUUGGUCAAUCUCAUCUGAGUGACAGGUUGCCCCGCCCUCAAGCCAGUAAACAUGUCAUCAGAGAAGAGGAAGGGGAAUUUAAGAUUAUGAGGCACAUGAAUAAAAAAAAUCAAAUAAUAAUGCACAAAUAAAUCAUAAUAAACUGCAAUAUUCCAUAAAAAAUAGGAAUUGUCAA